AGGAAAUCACAAGUUAGUGUGUGCAAUGCGGAAUGAAAAUGUCCUUCCAAAUCAGGAGAAAGUAAUAAUAAUGACGAUCUCGGCAGCACUGUGGCAUGGGACUGAAAGCUCUGUUUGUGGAUGAGUCCUGCUGAUCUGCAGAGCGGAGGACAGAACUGAACUCCAGCUGUUCCAGCAUCUGUGUGGAGCGACUCGGAUGUGAAAGCAUCUGAAGGAGGAAGGGGCGGAGCUGAGAUGUCAAUCAGAAGCACUGAGGGCGUGUCCAUCAUGCAGGCCUUAGCCAUGACUGUGGCUGAGAUACCUGUGUUCCUGUAUUCCACCUUUGGACAGUCUAUAUUCUCUCAGCUGAAGUUGAGCCCGAGUCUGAAGAAGGUGCUGUUCGCCACGGCUCUGGGCAGCGUGGCUCUGGCUCUGACCGCACAUCAGUUAAAGAGACGGGGCAGGAAGAGGAAGCAGACAGUCAGUAAAGAAGCGCAGAAGCCUGUGGGCAUCCCAGAACAGCUGCUCCGCACCAGCCGGCCGGCCUCGCUCAAGAGAGGUCCGCUUCCAGGGCGUCAGAUGAUGAGUCCCAGCACCCGCAGUAAUGACACGCUCAGCGGCGUCUCGUCUCUCGCACAGAGCAAACACUCCAGCUCUUCACACAGCAUUGCCUCUAUGCGAGUUCCCUCCUCUCCCAACCAAUCAGUGAACACUGGGAUGCCGUGGGAGGCGGAGCCAGUGGCAGAGGAGCCAGGAGUCGGAGAGGAUGCCAAUGCUGAGAACCUCUAUCUCAUGGGGAUGGAGCUGUUUGAAGAAGCCCUGCGCAAGUGGGAACUGGCUUUAAACAUCAGACACGGAGCUCAUUCGCGUGCAUCUGGAUCAAACAGUCUCGCCCCGCAAGGGUCAGAACUCGUGGAGCGCCAUUUGCCUGAGCUUCACAAUCAUCAGUUUGCGGAGAAGCUCGAGUCUCUGCUGCACCGAGCCUAUCACCUACAGGAAGACUUCGGCAGCACCAUACCCCCCGACAGCCUCCUCGCUGAACUGGAGAGUGAAGCAACCCUGAUCCUGCCCACACUAGGGAGUUCCCAUCCCAUCCGAGACGAUGAUGCCACAACAGUCACUUCAGACGACUCGUUUGUCUCUGCUGCUGAGUUGUUUGAGGCGUUCUCUCUAGAGGAUACGUAUCACCCACUGAAGCCAGCAGCUCUGUAUGAAGAAGCCCUGAGUUUGGUGAAGGAUGGAGGCGUGGCCUGCAGAUCACUGAGAACCAAACUUCUGGAGUGCUACAGCGAUCAGGACUUCCUUGCCAAACUGCACUGCAUUCGCCAGGCCUUCCAGGUGCUGCUGCUGGAUGAAACGCACAGGAUGUUCUUCAUGGAUACAGGGAAGCAGAUGAUACUGGGACUCCUGGCCAAAGCCAAUAAGAGUGCAAAGGCGUUUCUGGAGAGUUAUGAAGACAUGCUGCAGUACACACAGAGAGAAGAGACGUGGCCCGUCACCAAGAUGGAGCUGGAAGGACGAGGGGUGGUCUGUAUGAACUUCUUUGACAUUGUGCUGGACUUUAUCCUCAUGGAUGCGUUUGAGGAUCUGGAGAGUCCUCCGUCUUCAGUGGUGGCGGUCCUGAGGAACCGAUGGCUCUCGGACAGUUUCAAAGAGACGGCACUGGCUACAGCAUGUUGGUCUGUGCUAAAAGCCAAAAGGAGAUUGUUAAUGGUUCCCGACGGUUUUAUUGCCCAUUUCUAUGCCAUCUCUGAACAUGUGAGUCCAGUUUUGGCUUUCGGGUUUCUGGGCCCCCGACAGCACCUCAGUGAGGUGUGCACCAUAUUCAAGCAACAGAUUGUUCAGUAUCUGAAGGACAUGUUUGAUCACGAUAAGGUGCGUUUCACAUCCGUCCCGUCUCUGGCCGAAGACAUCCUCAGUCUGUCCCACAGACGGGCGGAGAUCCUGGUGGGUUACCUGGGCAUCGACAGUCUACCGGAGACCAAUGGAGCUUUACCCAAGAGCCCCUGCCAAGCCAACAGCGGACAGCAGGACUGAGGUGCACAAUACCCAUCAAGACCUGUUCGUUUUCUAGGUCUCUUUAGCUAUUCAUCACCGUCGACCAAUCAACGUGUCUAUAAAGAGCAUUCAUUUAAAAGACAUUGAUAUUUAGAUGGACACACCACUACUGACUCAUCCGAGGUCAACCGAGGCCUUUUCUUGAUCCGCUUCUGAAAAUUCGCCAACGAUUAUCCAUCGCUGCUAUUUAGACACCUUUAUUUUUCAUAAACUAAGCAUCUUUUAGCCAAACAUACGCCCCGACCUCUUCUGAAUCAGCCGAUGCCUCUUACGACCGAAACGGCAGGUUUCGUGUGUUUUCUGGGAGGCUUUGCAGAUUUCUGUGUGUGAAUCGUUGAGCAUUUAUGUAUGUACCAGUGGCCAAGUCUGAAUCUUGAGUAGCACUGAACACAAUAAAGAGCAAGAAGCCAGACAGAUUUGUGAGAUUUCGUGCACAUUUUGGCAGUUUGAGAGCGUUUCGAUGAGAGACUCACACAGGAAGUGCAUCAUUCAAGAGUAAAACAGGAUGUGUUCAUUAGCUGAGCUCACUUGUGUCCUUUGAGAGCUUCUGAAGCCCUUGUGGUUUACUUUGUAAGUUGCAUUUGUUCUCACCCUCACAGUAUAUCAGCCUCAGUGUUCAUCAGAGCGAUAUUUAUUAUUAGUCUGUUCGUGUGUUAUAUUUUCUGAUGUAUAUCCUCCAUCAAGAUUCAGGACUAAAAUCGCUGAUUACCUACUAUUCGAUUCUAUUUAUUCAUUGUGCAGCAGUGGUAUAGAGUCAAAUAGGUCACAGUUGUAGAGUAAUUGUAACUGUAGAGCAUGUAUGUGCUAUAACUUGUUAUUUCAGUCCUGGUUGUUAAACUCUGUCAACAACAUCUGUGCCAUAAUUUCGACACCAGUGUGAUUUUUGAAAACUGAUGCAAAAGAUGCAUUAUUCCUUUACACUUGAAAACUAUGUGAAAAGAAAUUACCUCAGAUUCAAUUAAAGUGGAUUUGGAUUUUGUUUAGUAGUUAUUUACUGUAUAAAAUAUUAUUAUAGUAUAGAUUUUUUUUCUAUGGCAAUGGCACAGAUGCUUUUGAUAGUGUUUAAAUUGUAUUCAUCCCAUGAGAAAAAUUUAAAACAAGCAACUAAACAGCAUCUUGCUGGCCUUUGGAUUGGUCAAACAUGUAGUUAUGAAUUUGACCUGCUAAAACACAUAUUUGCAAGUAAAACAAGUUAGUAAAAGUGCUAAUAAUUUUAGAAAAUAAGGCAAAUUCUGAUCAUUUUAAAAAGGAUAUGCAUGAAAUGUCUAAAACAAUCCUCAAAAUUGCUGAGCCUUUACCAAACUUGACCAUCUUGUCAUUUGUGAAAUUAGGUUUUAGGAUUGUUAUAGCGUUUCUCUCCUCCUCAUAUUGACUAUUUAAAACUGGUUUCACCAGUGUUGGGUGUCUUGCACUUUAUUUGUGUAAAAAAUAUACAGAUAUUCAUUUUCUCUAUUUUGAACGAAAUAUUAGAGUUGUUAAUUAGCUUCUAUGUAGUGCAUUUGAAUUUUUUUUUUUUUGACAUGUAAUUUAUAGGAACAUUGAAAUGUAAAUGUAUUUUAAAUAUCAAGCUGCAAAUGUGAAUGGUUGAGUUUUUUUUCUUCUCAUUGGAAACUGAGUAAAAGACAUUGGUUAUAACUGACAGUUGAAAAAUAAGGAUAAUAUACUUGAUGGUUAUUAUUUAUUGGGUGUGCCUCAAUAUAUUCUUUUUUUUGCCUUUAUUAAAUGUGCUUUGAAUACACAAGUGCACACACACUAAUUAAAAUCAUAACUAAAUGCACCAACUUGAAUGCAAAGGUAUAAUUCUUUAUAAUAACGUAUAGUGAUAACUUGCCAAACAUAUAUUUAUUGACCUGUUUAUUAUUGUUAUUUGGAUGACCAAGAUUGUGCACUUCAAAAUUCAUCAUAAUAAAUGGGUUUUUCCCAAUUUAAUUUUAUUUUCAGUGUUCAAAUGUGAACUUAUAGAAAUGUCUGAUGAAGAUAUGCAUGCUUACAUUAGUGCAACAAGACCAGACUGAAGGUAUAAGUGGAGAAGGUAAAUAUCUGAUUAAUUUCAUAUCAUUCCAAUUAUUCAGAUUCCCGACGCGCUGUUUAUUCUGCAUGAGUUUGGGUGAAGACUUCAUGCAAGAAUUUUUUGACGUGUGCUGCUGUCCCCUGACUAUACAUUUAGUUAAAGCUCUGAAACAAUCACUUAUUGUGUCUGUGUCCCAUUUUUUUAUCACACUGGCCCAUGUGAAGAUUUCUGAUAUUUGAUGUGAUUAUUAAAGAUUCAGCAGUGUGCUAAAAGAGUUACUGACUGACAGUAACAGAUGCUCUGAUUUUUAUAUUAAGUUAUGAUAUAGUUCCCGAUAGAUGUGCCAUUUCUCAUGUAAUAACUCAAAGCAAAGCACCAAAUUGAAGACAAAUGUAGGUGAGGUCUGAAUGGAAUUGUAUGAGAUGUUUUCAUUGAAGAAGGUUGUUUUUGUGUGUUUUUUUUUUUUUUUUACACCACAGCUGUUGUAUUUUGCACCCAGAUAAUCCAGUAAAAAAAGCAAUGGUUUGUCUAAAUUGUUUUAGCUAGAAUUUGGUUGUCUAACGAUGGCCAAAGAGGUGGUGGAAAGCAAAUCAAGUCUUUAUUUCUUUGAAAUAUUUCCUUGUUUGUGUGUAUUUGUGUUUCUUCACUUGCCUUUGUGUGUUUUUCAUUGAAUGUUCUUACAAAUUAAUGUCGUUUCAAUCAUUGUAUUAGUUUAUUAUUGAAAACUGUAUUGUCCUAGCCAACAUAAACUCUUUCUUUUUUCUAA